UGUUGAGCCUAUUUUGGUCUGGGCAGUGGAAGUGCAGUGAAGUUUUGGUGGGAAGAAAGUCGAUUAAUUGUACAAUUGGGCUGGAUGUAAUGUUCAAAUUGCGAUUAGAAAAAAUUCAGAAAGUCCACAAGAAUUAGUUUUGAUCUUUUCGGAGUCGCUUAUGAUCAUUUGUUUGUCGCGAUGAAAGCCGAGGUGGCCACAGCUGUGAACUUUAUUGCCGCAUUAUUGAGAGGAACAGGACUUCUGUCUGAAGACCAACUCCAACACUUCAGCCAUUCACUGGAGGAGGCUUUAGGAGAGCAUUAUGAGCACCACUGGUUCCCCGACACGCCGUUUAGAGGUUCAGGAUAUCGCUGUAUCCGGAUCAAUCACAGGAUGGACCCGCUAGUAGGGAAGGCCGCUUACACCAUAGGCCUCAGCAGGGAGCAGCUCUUCUCACUGUUGCCCAGCGAGCUGACGAUGUGGGUCGACCCCUACGAAGUGUCGUAUCGUAUAGGGGAGGACGGGUCCAUAUGUGUGCUCUACGAGUCCACGCCGCCACCGACUCAUCUGACCUCUGUGGACCACUGCAAAGAGAAACUGAGAAUUGGUCACUCGAGCCCGUCAAAAUCCUACGCUGUGAUGACUGUGUCCGGCUAAUGUCUUGGCACAUCUUGCUCAUGUUUUGUUUUACAAUUUUUUUUGGAUGAUUAUUUUUUAACGACUGAGGAAAUGGAUAUAUUUUGAUCCAGUGCUUGAUUUUUAACUUGUAAAAAUUUUGUAAAUGUUUUCUACAUUUUGAUUAAAGAUGAAAUCUUCAA